AUCAUACCCAAAUCAUUAUCUUAUCGAUGAUCCGGCAACUCAUGGGUGAUCAGCAAUGGACUGUAUCCUAGAUGGUCUCAAUUACUCCCAGUCCACUGCUGUGACAUCCCCGGCUUCUAUCUUGCAGGUCCUCGCGCCACCGGGUUCGGGCAAGACAAAGACCCUGACGGCGCGCGUCGCGUACCUUCUGGCGCAUCACAAUUACCGCCCUCAAGAUGUCAUCUGUUGCACGUUCACUAUCAAAGCCAGCCGGGAGAUGCGAGAGAGGCUGACCAAGUUGAUUGGUGAGGACUUACAGAAAAGACUGCUCCUGGGAACCUUCCAUUCGAUCUGCCGGCGGUAUCUCGUAAUUUACGGCCACUUGAUCGGAUUGAAGAAAGGCUUCGGGAUCGCCGACUCCGGUGACAGUACGUCUAUCAUCAAAGUGGGUCAAGGCUCUUUCUUGUUGAUCUUCGCGCGACCGUCUUCAUGGUGAAGCUAUAUUGACUUGUGACAAUGGGCAGAAAAUCAUCAAGCGGCUGCGCGUCAGUAUCGAGCCUGGAGCCGCUAGAGGACGGAUCUCUCGCCAGAAAGCCCAGGGCGUCGGUCCAGACGAGGUUGCAGCAAGGAUACAGACAAAGAACAAGACCACGGAGCAAUGGGACUUCG